AUGGCUUCGGUUGAGUACCCAACAGAUACAAAUAAGCCAGAUGCACUUUUGUCAUCGUCAUCGUCGUUGUCAAACGUGCCUGAUGCCACAACAUCUUCGAGAACGAAAUGUAAACGUGUCGGAUGUGAGAAUCCAUCGAUUGAUCAUCCGGAAUGGGAUGGAGAGUAUUGUAGUUCACAAUGUCUGUCAAUUGUUUGCAAAGAAGCAUUUGAACAAUGGGUGAAGAAACAUCAAUGA